AUGGCAGAGCUUCACGAGAACCUGGCAGGCCUGCGAGGCUUGUACCAGGACCUCUCUGCUAUUUCGGAUAGCUCGUUUCUGAACGUUGAGCGACUCGUCGUCGAAUUGGAAACGCAUAUUCAGGACUUCCAAAAACUCCUAGACAAACCCGCGAAGAACAAUGCCAGUCGCCAAACGGUACUCUCAGGAAAGAUCACGGUUGCAGAUGUCCAGUACUCCAUCAAUCAGGACUUCCAACAAGGCACACUCCAGCUCGCCGAUGCCUUGAACAUUGAUGAGCUGGAGGCGGCGGUGAUGUUCCUAGCCGCCCAAGAAGAUUCACAGGUCCUGGACCGACCUCCCUUAAUCACAGCGAUUAUGCGAUUCCACGAGCGCCGCCAUUUUCUUCUCGAGUGUUUACGCCUGAUUUGCCGCGAGUCCCUCGAAUCGGAGCGAGAAAUGACCCAACCUACUAUGCAAGAGACGCUGGCCCUCAUUCUUGAGAUCACGAACAGCCCUAUGCGGAACGCGUCCCUUUUCGCCAGGAAAGCCAUGACUUCCAUGGAAGACAUUGAGAAAUGGCUGUCACUUCUCGGGGAUCAAGUCCAGAAGGCUUCUAUCGUGGGCCAGGAAGAGGAUCGUGACAUCAUGGAGGCCAUUGAAUACCAACGGCACAGCCUACAGCAGCAGCAUGAGUCGCUGGGAGCCAUCCUGCUAUACCUUUUCAAGGGCUCAUUCACGAGUGCGGAGGACUUCCGCAUCCUUAUUACUCAUCUGAAGAAGUUAGAGCGCUUUGAUGGGCUGCUCAUUCAUUACCUGCCCGUCGCAAUUUCAUCUUUUGUUCAGCAUGGGUCUCCCGAGGGUUCUGGGUCGCGGAACGAAGCUCGGGACUUGCACCAGGUGAUCGCUACGGCCAGAGAUGGUCAAACGUGGAAGCUCCCAAACUUCCAUGCUGCUAUCAUAGCCCUGUGGUUGGCGGUCUAUAGUGGAUGGUACUUUGACGAUGGCCCGUCGGAUCCUGUUCCCGGCGUUGAUCCCGAGAGAGAAGCGGAGGAGCGCACGAAAACGUUCAUGUCAUCCCUCGAUGACGGGGCAUUGGACUUUAUGUUGGCAAUCUGCGCCAGCGUCAAUAGUGAAGAAUGGGCCGAUCCCGCCCGCAGCGAACUCGUGUCUUUGCUUUUAAAAGAAAGUGUCAUCAGUCUACCGGACUCUAGUUCCUGCAGCGGUUACAUGAAAGAACUGUUGAUGGAGAAUUUCGAGGUGUUUGUGGAAUCAUGUAUUGCAAACAUGCCCGAUGCUGUCCGAAAGCUAAAGUCAGAAGAAGACACGCAACGAUUGGAUCAAAUCACGGCUUUGAGAGACGGCCUGACGUCCAGUGUUCACCGUGGUUUAGUGGAGGCGCGAACCCACCUCGAGUCCCUCUUGAUGAUUAUUUCGUUUGCUUUUGAACAUCGAGAGGAUGCGGCUCAGGAAUUCUGGGGUGAUGUUGAAGGUAAUCUUUACGGUUUCCUCCAAUGGGCCUCUAAGCGUCAAACGGUCCCCCGCGUCAGUGCCUUCUGCGAGAUGCUUUGCUCUCUAUCAAAUGGGGAGGAGAACGCCGCUGCCGCGCAUAGGUUCUUGACAGAGGAAGAAAAAUUCCUGUCCUCCAAGUUGAAGCGAUCUACGAACAUGAAUUGGACUCAGAUGUUCGCCGAACUACACCUCUAUGCAAAUCGAGUUACGGAAAAGCCUUCAACCAGCAGCCAGACCUCGCAUCCUAGUCAGGGACUCACUCGCACUCGGAAGCCAGAGCCUGUGGAUAUGAGCGAGCCAGAAAGCCCCGUCAUGCUCACCUGCUACCUCCGGCUCAUGGGACAUUUGUGCAAACAGAGUGGUGCCAUUAGGGAUUGGAUGUUGCAAAAUGAAUCGUUCAAGGUUGCUGAUGAACUUUUGACGCUGUGCAGAGGGCCAAUUCCCACUCAUCUCAGAGCAACAAUAUUUGCUACACUCUCAGCAUUGAUGACCGACAGAACGUCUGUGCAUGGUAAUCAUAUGUGGGAGUCACUUGACACUUUUCUGACAAGUCCACCGCCGGGGGAGACAUCAAACACUGUCAAAGCACCCGCACAAUCCAAUCACCAUCUUUGGUAUGAGCAGCAGGCGCUGCAGAAGAUUGGCGAGAGUUUUGAUCAAACCAAUGCCUUUGUUGUUCUAGUCAAUUCUCUAGUCAUACCCACCUCCGACUUGGGUGAUAAGCCGUUAUCACUUCCAUUCCCUGAUUCAUUGGGGGCCACAUAUCGCAUGCCCGGGAUCGAACCUUACGUCGACUUCGUUCUGGGCCACGCUCUCUCUCGAAAGAUCCAAGAUCUCAAUGACUAUCAAUCCCGCUUGUUGACCUAUAACUGCUUGGAAUUCAUUGUGACGAGCUUGCGGACUUUCAAUGAGGAUCUCGUCACUGUUCUCAGUCAGCCAUCCCUCGCCUCUGAUUCUGCCGCUAAAGCCUCCGACCUCGACAACUAUAUUCGCCUUCAUGCAUUCGCCCGUGUGAUGGAAUGGCUUUUCAAUGAAGAUGUCCUGAAAGCCCUGUUCGCAACCAGCCACCAGGAUAUCUCCGAAGUCGCACAAGCGUCCUCCGAUUCGGUUUUAGUCCUGACAUUGCUUCGUAGCGUUGAGGUGAUGAACUUGAUUAUGGAUCUCCAAUCAACGUAUUUCAAUCUCGUUAAGUCAAAGGUCAAACCCAAGGCUGCAGGGCACCGUUCUACUGUUGCAAACUCAUCACUUGCUUCAUUUGAAGACAGUGUGCUCAACAAUUUGACUCUGAUCCCCGCCCUUUGUCUGUAUUGCGGUACCGGGCAUGAGCAACUUACUGUCACGUCUAUGGCUUUGCUGGAGAAACUCACAAGCUCCCGCAAACUCAACAAAAUGUCCUCGCCUGAAAUUAUGAAGUGGCAAUCCUCGAAUAAGAUCGUGGAGGUCCUUGCUACUGAGGUGGAUGUUGACAGUGUUGCGCGCUCACUAGUCUCCCAGAUGGACCCAGACCCAAGAGAAUUGGAGUAUGGAUCUCAGGCUGCUGGCUAUGUCAUCCGGGAAAGCCUUCUCGCUCUCUUGAACAGCUGUCUCGGUAUGAUCACAGAUCGCCCUACUGUGGCCCACCUCUUGCUCGGCUUCAGUUGCCUGGGCAAUAUUCUUGAUAUUCCUUCCAAUGGUUUGUUCGCGAAUCGAAUGUCCUUGCUGCAUGCCAUCAUUGGUUUCCUGCAGACAUAUCCUGAUGAGCUGGAAGGAAGUAUUACAUCAUGGACGGUGCACCUCAAACGCAUGGCAUUCGAGGUUUUAAAACACCUGUGGUCCUCGAAGCUCGCUAGUUAUUUCACUCUUGGUGAGAUGCGCGCUCAUGGAUUCUUGAUGAACAUGUUUGCCGGACAACCCAUCGUUGGCCCUAACACUCCCUGGAAUGGCUAUCCAAUCUUUACGGAUGAAUUCUGGGUCACCGAUGCUACUUCAGCCUUGGCGGAAUUCCUACUCUUCCGAAGCCAUCUGUUUGCAUAUGCGGCCACGGAGAUCCGCUCGGCAGCAAAGGUUGGAUCACCGACGCUUCAAACCAGUAUCCUCUCCACCCUUCUUGGAAGCUCGACGCUGGACAAUGGUGAAGCCUUCUCUAACGCAUCUGUCUUUGAUCUCUUUGACUUCGCCGACCUGGAUGUCUCCCGCAAUUUCAAUGUACCUCAACUAGCUUUGCUUGGCAAUAUCGCCGUUGACGAUUGCGCUACACAAGGACAGGACCCAUUGAUUCUUUACGAUCUUGCCAAGAUUGAGGAGUUGAUACAGAUUCGGAAAGCAGAGCUAUUUGCUGCUGAACCAGCACGGCCUCAGGGCGAAGAACAAUUCCAGGCGGAGGCGGAGAGCUUGAAAUUGUUCAUUCUUGCGACCAACCAGAGCCGUCAGAUUCGUUACAACCGUUACCUCGCCCUCCGGUCCUGGGCGGAGCUCGUUACUACCGUCAUCACCUGCUCUGUUCUAGAUGAUGCGAGCAGGCCGACAUUCAUCUUGCAUGCCAUUCAAAUGAUUCUUCCCAAGCUCGAGAUCUCAAUCGAAAGCGAAUCGCCAGAAGCAAUGGAGCUUGCGCGAUUGGGUGAGACAUUGAUCAGCAAGCUUUCGUCUGAUUUGUCUGGAAUCCCUGUUUCUAGGAGUGGGGAUGCCAUUGACGAGAAGCUUCACCAGCUCUUCCAGGUGUCUAUCCGUGGCAUCAGGUUGGCAUCCGGAAAUGUUUCUUUGAGAGAGGUUCUCUACAGCAUCUGCUCCCGCUACAUCACCCGCAUCACAUCCUCGGGUGGGGCCCAUGAUAGCCUUUGCCGUCAUAGCCAACAAGUUGUCAAAACCGCAAGCCCUGGUCUUGUGGAGAUCGUCUGCGAUGAUGCCUAUAGUGGACAAGAGGCUUGCCGUGCUUCCGCUCUUCUCUUUUUGAAUUGCCUAGCAGCUCUAGAUAGCCGAACCGAUUGUGUUCUUGCCGAGCUGAUAUCCCAGUCGAACUACCUUAGUCUCUUCCUUGAUGCUGUCAGGUCACUUCCCGUUGAGCUUCGGAACGCCGAGGCAGCUGAUACAUCUAUUUUGUUGGCGUACUAUGAAUCUCUGUUAGCGCUACUUCAGCAGCUUUCUCAGACCAAAAGUGGAGCUACCUAUGUUCUCAAGUCAGGUCUGUUUGACUCCGUUCGCGAGUCGCAGCUGUUUGCUGCGGAUCCCGAUAUUGGAAUUGAUAUCGAUAAUCCGGAUGCCCUCCGAAAGUACUAUGAUCUCCUUCUGUGUGUGAUCCGUGUCAUUGCCUCCGCUGUAUUCUCCAGAGGGGUCCACAAUGAGCAGAUCAAGGUACAGACUCGGGCCUUCCUCGCCGAGAACCGGCCAUGCAUGGUCGGUGUCUUCAAGCGGUUUGCCAAAAUUGGAGGUGGCACAAGUACCAAUCACCACGAGGCGCUUUGUGAACUCGUCAAGUCAUUUAUGGCUUUGGUGACCGCUACUGAUUUCCUUGAGUUCGAGGAUCAAGAAGUGCAACAAAGCACUCGGCCGCUUCUGUUCUCAUGA